CACGUGACACACCGUCUACUCCGUUCUGCACGCCGCACCGACGCUGCUAUGUGCGCCCGCCGCUGCUAGACAGACGAACAUGCCGCCGUUUCCGGACAAAGGGCGCGCUGCCGCCCCCGCCGCCGCCAGGGCGGCGAGGGCGGCGGCGGCCGCGGCUGCCGCUGAGCAGGGAGAGGCCAGCUCGCCGCUGCUGCAGUCCACCUCCUGCAGAGCCGAGUACAGUUCGCUGUUCCCGCCGUGGAGCGCCGAGAUGCUGCCCACGGCAACUCCGCCACCGGCGCCGGACCCCGCGGUCGCGGCCGUCGACGCCGCGCGCCACGAGGUCAGUUCCGCAGCCGCAGGCCGCUGUGCGCCACCCCGAGCCGCUCACCGGCCGCCCUCCACAGUUCCUCACACUUCCACCGGCAUGCCUUACUCCUCCGUAGACGAUGACUUCGAAGUGGUGUCGCUGCUGGGCGGCGGCCUCGGCCACGAGCAGGUGAUCGCGGCGGUGGAGGUGUCCUCUCUGCACGCCAGCGGCGCCGACGCCGAGGCGCAGCCCCUGCUGCUGCGCGACCCGCCGCCCUCGUACGCCGCCGCCCACUGCCUGCCGCUCGCGACGCUGGCGCCGCCCACCGGCCUCGCAGCCGCCGUGCCGCCCCUGGGACCGCCCACGCCGCCCACCCCGACGAGGACGCCGACGUCGCGCGUCAACAGCAACAAGUGGCAGCCCAUGCUGCCUGCUAAGGACCGGCCACAGAAGACGAACUGGUGCGGCAUCUUGCUGGCCUUCAUGUCCGGCGCGUGCUUCACGCUGAGCUCGGCGGCGGUGAAGGCGCUGCGCACGAUCGACCCCAUGGAGCUGCUGGUGGUCCGGUCGCUGCUGCAGGUGCUGGCGAUGCUGCCGCUGGUGAUCUGGGGCCGGGCGCAGGGCCAGCUGCUGGGGCCGCCCGGCUACCGCCUGCUGCUGCAGCUGCAGGGAUUUGUUGGUGGAAUGACUCUUGUUCUGCUGUUCUUCUCCUUCCGGAGACUACCUUUAGGGGAUGCAACAACAAUUAUCUUCAGCUCACCUGUUUUAGUCAUGGUACUGUCAUUCAUUUUUCUGAGGGAGCCAUGUGGAUUCUUCCGUACUUUCAUAGUUUUCCUGCUUGUUACUGGUGUUGUGCUGAUAGCAAAGCCACCAUUCAUUUUCAAGAGUGGGCCAGAUGUCUACGAUGUAAUAGGUUACACAUGUGCAAUUUUUGCAACUAUCUUUACAGCACUGAAUAUUGUUGUAAUGCGUAAAUGCAAAGAUGUUCACUUCUCAGUUGUGGUGCUGCAGUUAUCAAUAUGGUCACUUCUCAUGUCAGCAGGAACGUUGCUGACACUGGGGCACCGCCAUGACAUUGGUGUAUUAAUCCACAGGACAUGGUAUGAAUGGCUCUUGGCAGUGGCAGUGAGUGUUCUGGGACUCACUGGGCAAGUCCUUGUGGCAAAAGCCCUGAACUUGGAGGGUGCAGGAAAAGUAUCUGUUACCCGUUCUCUUGACAUUGUCUUGGCUUUUAUCCUCCAGGUUUUUGCCUUUGGUGAUUAUCCUGACUGGGAGAGCAUUCUGGGGGCUUUGAUGGUGCUAGUUUGUGUUGUUGGGAUAGGUCUGGAGGAACAUGUAUACUACAUUGCUGGCAUACUGCCAUAAUGAAGGCAAUGGCACUGCUUGUAUUUUGACAUUACUAUGUACUGCCAUCAAGACUGUCAAUGGAAUCAUGCAGAAAUACUUGCUCAUAUAUAUAUAUAUAUAUAUAUAU